CGGCGUACUGCAGAGCAGGGAUGGGCGGACUCACCAGAGGUGGCAGCAACUGCCGCGCUCAGCAGCCGCGAUUCCUUCCUGACCAGCCUAGGUGGUUUCUCUCCGGCUCCCUUCCGCCGCCGCGCCGACAUGCUGAGGUCAAAGGUCACAAAUAUGGCGCUGGCCGUCCGUCUGCUCCCUCGGCCGCUGCCCGGCCGGGCCACCGGACUCCGGACUCCCGGGACCGCCGAGGUGAGGCUAUGGUUGGCCGACUUCUGCUGCUUGUGCCGCCGCCGCCUGGGCUCGAGCACGGCCGGCUUCCCUCGCUGUUCUUGGGCCUCUGUGACCCCGGCGCUGGGUGCCUGGAGCCCCCGGCGGCCGCUGCUUCGCCCGGCAGAACCGCCCCAGGCCCUGGCUUCCUAUCCUGCUUGUCCUCGCCGCAGCUACAGCUCGGAGGAGCAGCCCCAGCCGCGCCAGAAGACCAAAAUGAUCAUUCUGGGAUUCUCCAACCCAGUCAACUGGGUCCGGACUCGAAUUUACGCCUUCCUUAUCUGGGCCUAUUUCGACAAGGAGUUCAGUAUCGCUGAGUUCUCUGAGGGGGCGAAACAGGCUUUUGCUCAUGUGUCCAAGUUGCUAUCACAGUGUAAAUUUGAUCUAUUGGAAGAACUUGUAGCUAAAGAGGUGCUACAGGUACUAAAAGAAAAGAUUACUUCACUAUCUGAUAACCAUAAAAAUGCGCUUGCUGCUGACAUAGAUGAAAUUGUCUACACAUCAACAGGAGACAUCUCCAUUUACUAUGAUGAGAAAGGAAGGAAGUUUGUUAACAUCCUGAUGUGCUUUUGGUAUCUAACCAGUGCCAACAUCCCCAGUGAAACUUUACGUGGAGCCAGUGUGUUCCAGGUUAAGUUGGGGGAUCAGAAUGUGGAAACUAAACAGCUUCUUAGUGCAAGCUAUGAAUUUCAGAGGGAAUUCACACAAGGAGUAAAGCCUGACUGGACUAUUGCACGGAUUGAACACUCAAAGUUAUUAGAAUAGUCUUUCUUGGAAAAAAAAAAAUCAGCAUAUGAACGUUUUGUAAUUGCUUUGAAAAACUAAGGAAGAAAAAUUUCUGGAUCAUUUGAUCUUCACUUAAGACUGUGGAUUAAUUUUGUAUUAUCUGGAAAUGCUCCUUGCAGUAUAUGUCAUGAUACAAUAAAUCAUUUUCCACA